AUGAGUUUUGGGAGACGUUCGCAGAGUCUUGUGCUUGUACCAUUAGAUCUAGAGAUCGAGCGAACACUUCACAAGCUUAACAAACUCAAAAGGGGCAAGGACGCAAUAUUGGAAAAGCCAUCACCUAUGGCUGUGGAAGCAAAACCAGUAAGGGACUAUGAUGUCCCAUCUGUGGUGGCAUCACCAUCGAGCAUUCGUCGUCCAACCAUUGAUGCCAAUAAUUUUAAAAUCAGACCAGCCAUAAUUUCAAUGAUUCAACAAUCCUCCAUCUUUUGUGGUUUACCUCAAGAAGACCCUAAUAGGCAUAUCUCUAAUUUCUUGGAGAUAUGUGACACAUUUAAGCGCAAUGGAGCUACCAAUGAUGCUGUUCGCUUAAGGCUUUUUCCUUUCUCAUUAAAGGAAAAGGCAAAGUCAUGGUUGAAUUCUCAACCACCUAAUUCGAUUACUACAUGGGACGACUUGGCCAAGAAAUUUUUAGCUAAAUUCUUUCCUCCUGCAAAGACUGCGAAACUCAGAAAUGACAUCAUGUCAUUUGCUCAGAAUGACAUGGAACCUUUUUAUGAAGCAUGGGACAGAUACAAGGAUAUGCUAAGGAAGUGCCCACAUCAUGCCCUACCUACUUGGAUGCAAGUUCAAGCGUUCUACAAUGGUUUGAACAAUACAAGCAAAACAACAAUUGAUGCUGCAGCCGGAGGAGCUUUGAUGGGAAAAACAGAAACUAAAGCGUAUAACUUGCUGGAAGAGAUGGCGUCAAAUAACUAUCAAUGGCCUAGUGAGAGAUCAACACCAAAGAAAGCUGGAAUUCAUGAGAUUGACGCCAUAUCUGCGUUAACUGCGCAAAUUUCUACUAUGUCUAAACAACUUGGUACUAUAAAUGUUAAUGCUAUUCAGUAUACUAAUUUAAGUUGUGAAUUUUGUGCAGGACCUCAUCAUGGCAAUGAGUGUGGAGCUAGUCCAUUCACAUCACCAUCUGAACAAGUGAACCAAGUCUCUAAUUUUAAUCGACAACGGAAUAAUCCUUACUCCAACACUUAUAACCCAGGAUGGAAGAACCAUCCGAAUUUUCCAUGGAGUAAUAACCAAAAUGUACAGGGACCUCCACCUGAUUUCACACCUCAAGAAAAGAAGCAUGGAUUGGAGGAUAUAAUUACUCAACUUGCUGGAAAUGUCAACACUCUCUCUGUCAAUACAAAUCAAUUUAUGAGCAAAACCGAGACGACCCUUCAGAACCAAGCUGCCUCUAUUCGAAACUUGGAGGUUCAGAUGGGCCAGCUAGCUAAUGUAUUGACAGGAAGAGUAAAUGGAGCUUUGCCAAGCCAAACAGAGAAUAAUCCGAAAAACCAAGAACAUGCGAGGGCGAUAACUCUUUGGAAUGGGAGGCCAAUAAAAACAGCAGUAGACUUGGAUGAAGAAAAGAAUAUCCAUCAACAAACUGCAGAGACAUCAGAAAUUACUAACGUGCCGUCGUCGUCGUCUAUUACUGCUGGAACUACUGCACAACUUGAUGAAAUUUCUCCAGAAAUUGAACCUGCUACUGUAGAGAAAUUAUCUCAACCUGCUGCCCUUGUAAAGCCAUAUGUACCGCCAAUUCCGUUCCCUCAACGUCUUCGAAAAAACAAAGUGGAUGCCCAAUUUUCGAAAUUUCUUGAUAUCUUCAAUUGUAUGAUGAGUGAACAAGGUGUUAGUACGAAAAUCGUAUUGGCAUUUCCUAGACUUUAG